AUGAAGGACAUUUAUCCCCAGUAUGCCGAUAAUGUUGACCUCUUUGCUAUAGGGGUCCACCCCGGGAUUGUGGAAGAUAUCAACACCCUGGAAACAUAUCGGUCGGAAAGAGACCACCCCUGGCCGGUGGCUACCGCACCCUCUCAGGUAAUGGCCGAGUUGGGCGUAACGAUCCAGUCAACAAAGAUAGCCUUCGAUUCCCAGGGAACCAUCGUCUAUAGGGAAGGCAUGGGCUUGGGAAGCGAUGAAGAAUGGCACCGCGUGUUUACGGAGUUGUCCCAGUCACAAUAG